GGAGCAACGAUGCACAACGCGCCCGGCGGAGGUCCCUUUCACUAGAGUUGGUGAGAUGAUUGCGCUGGUUGGCGUAUGCUUUCACAGUCGCGCAAAAGGAAAAAAAAAAUCGCCUUAGCAACAGUGAGUAGCAACCACGACAUCACACCGCACAUGAGGAGGAGGAGCGAAUAUGCAACGUCGCACCUUUUUGAUCGCGAAAUUCAUGCCACCACCGCUGCAGCAGCUGAUUGAUCGAUUAUCAACGCGUUGAGGUUAUGUGGCAGAGCUGCGAUCAUGCAGCGCCCUGUCGCGGGCUUUGCAAUGCCUCGUGGAUAGGCAAAUGUGAUUCUAUUUUACGGCGCUGCAUAUAAUUUUCUUGUAAAAUAAAAUUAAUCCUAACCGGAAGGGCAAUACGCACAACACCCGGGAAGUUACACGGAAAGGUCAUUGAAACUGGGAGUCCAUUAUGCAUCUCACCAACACACAUACACACACUCACACACUCCUAGAGAGGGGCAGAAUUUGCACAUGGAAAAGAAGUUGGGCAAAAAUGUGCGUGACAUGCAGGUUUGCGUGUGUGUGCGUGUGUGUUUCGGUCGGUAUGGUAAUGUGUCGGUGUGCGCAUUAUACGACCUUUUCGUUCCAGCGGCUGCUAUUUUUACACCGGCCGGCAUUUUCGGAAUGUUUAACCGACAUCAACUGGCAAGCAGGCAACGUUUCACAUUUUUCUCAUACAAUUCAUCGCCUACUUUGGUAGUGGUGGUACGGAUGGCGCCGGUGUGUUUGGUGGUAGAGCGUGUUACAGAAAUCAAAUGCGAUUUUGGCACGGUGUGCGUUGGUGUUAGUGUGGACGGCAAGAUGCUGCUGAAUAAUUACAGUACCGGUGACUGGAAAACUUGAAUGAAUCUAAAUAUAAAUGAAACCCAUUUAAUGUGCACAGACACCGGUGAAAGACGAUUCAACCGCUCGGGAGCUCCAAAUUGUGAAAUGCACCAAUGUCCUCUAGUAGCUGCUGAUAGGUGAGAAGGAGGAUGCCCAUAUUCCAAAAAUAAAUCUCCGCAGCAGGAAUGAAUCGACGACACACGAUCCGCCAGGGUAAGAAAGACCAGAAAUAGAAACAUAACCGGCUUGUGUUGUAGCCGCGAUAGACCGUCCUGUCGUGCAACUGCUGCAUUCUUAUCAAACAAUCGAUGCAAGCAUUUGUUUUAACAGCCAGAGCCUGCUAGAUGAAAUGAAUGUCGCCUCUAAUCUAUCAUUUUAUUCAUCACAGAUGAUUGUCCAGAAAGUAAUAAUCGCUGGUAGCAAACAAAGCAAAGCUUAUCUUGAUCGUGAUCUACAUCCAAGGAUGAACUUACAGGAGUUUGCAGGGGUUCUGGAAAUUGUGGCACACUUUCCGGACCCUUUCGCACGGGAAGUGAUACUUUGGGCCCGCUGGACGAUAAAGCGGUUACCAUUGCAAAUUUCAAUUUAUGGGAAAUGGAUUCUAUACCAACCUUAUUUGUCAGAAUUCUAGUGCAUGAUUAUUCCAAUUGCAUUUCCAUUUGGCCUUUCUAAUCAGAGUGCCUUAGAAUCCACAUUCCGUCACAAUUAGAUUCACUACAGUGAUUGCUGUAUCAUUAGCUCGCCACUGCAAAGUAUCACUUCCAGUGCAAAAGUGUCUAGAAAGUGUGCUAAAAGCAUAAAAACAGUCAUCUCCUGAAAACCCCUAUAACGCUGAUAAGCCAAUUGCCCGAUCACUUCGAUCGUGAAAUGCAUGGGAUCGUCAGAACUGCAUCAGCAACACAUUGAGAUAGAUCAUCGGACAGCACUGAUACAUCAUGGCCCGUCCCCUACUAUCUCCGAUUAUUUUGCUCUUCAUGGUAUCCACACUAUUUCGCUUAUCUGCCAGUAAUCGUGAGGCGAUAGGUUAUAGAGUUUUGCAGCAGAAAUCGUACUACCUCGGUACCACAUUCAGGCUAAACUGGCAUAAGGCAGCCGCUUUCUGCCGAUCGCAAGGACUCUUCCUGGUCUCGAUCAACAGCCAGUCACAGCUAGAUGAAGUGAUUGAGUACGUGAACAAAAGUGGAUUCUUUAAUGCGAACGAGAGCAACCUGCAACUGUGGACAUCGGGCAAUGAUUUGGGAGAGAAAAAUCAAUUCCUCUGGACGUCGACCGGUGAGAGGAUCACGUUUAAUCAAUGGACUCAGGGUGAACCAAAUCAUGCUCAGGUGGGCAACUGUACAGUGGAGCAUUGUGUGGUGCUGCAGCACUACCAAAACGGUCUCGGUGCUACCUAUUCGUUUGAUGAUAGAGCAUGUGAAUGGCAAUACUAUUUCAUGUGCGAAUCGUUAGAUGGUUAGAGUGCAGGAUAACGUGUUGGGGUGGUGAAGGAGUUGGAUUAAUUUAAAAUUUCAUACAUAAGCUUUUUUCCGUAAAGUUUAUUUCAUAUGAAUCAACAGCAAUAAGUGAUUCGCAUGUCGAAACGCUAAUGAUCCGUAUAAAUUUUAAAAGAUUAAUGAAUAUCGAAAGAUUUGUUGAUCUCUAGCAGAAAAUAAUUGAUUCUUUAGAUAUUCAUGAAUCCCUAAAGUGUUGCUUGCUGCAAUCCCUGAGUUUUGCUUUAUUGCAAGUCUUGAUGUGAGUUUCGGACUAGCAUACAUAACACAAAGCCUUGGUCUGCCAUAGCAUAGAAAUCGGUUCAGUUGCGGUCGAGUACUGGCGUUCCUGCUGUGCCGAAGAGCGGGAAGUCGUUAUCGAGUAUCGGGACAGUACCGGGUACACGAAAACGCAUAAAGACCUCGGCCUGGAUGUCUGCGAACGAUUUCGGCGAGGAGGGUGAAUUCCAUUGGUCCUCGACGGUUACAAGAUUGACGACUGCACGGCCAUCCUUUCCCAACUAUAACUACACCUUCAACGAUCGCUUCUGUGGGCGGGAAUGCAACGUUACCUGCAUAAGUUUGGGCCAGUUCUUAUAUGAAGAUUGUUUAUAAAAUAGAAAGCAAUUAAAAUCCAGUUAACUCCACUGCCUACCUUAAAA